AUGAUUAUUUACCAUUAUCUGAUCAAUAUAAUGUUCAAUAGUACAGUCGACGUUUAUGUAAUACAUGUUCAACAGAACUUUUAUUUAGUACAUGUUUACCAACCUAUAAAAUUUUUGCAUUAUAUCACUUAUCAAGUCAAGAUUCACAAAAUUUCAUGUAACACUUGUGAUGGUGAACCAUCUUGUUAUUUAUCUGCACCAUUACUAUCAAUGAAAUCAUGUUAUGAUUCUAAAACAAAUUAUGUAUAUGCUGAAUAUCAAUGUGUUCCAACACGUCCAAAACUUAUACAUGAUAUAUGUUCAUCUGAAAAUGUUGAUGGUGAUGCGAUAAUUUCAUCAUUAAAUUAUACAUCAGAAUUUUAA